AUGUCUAAUUCAGUAUUGGCUUGGGCACUUACACUCCUUACCGCCUCAUCAACACUCGUUUCUGGCCUCAAGUUCACCGCGAGCGAAGUCGACUACAACCUAAACCAGAACCGGCUGGCGAAGAACCCCUUCGAGUAUUCCGGAAAGCGAGGAGGCAACCACACCUUCGCGAAAUCACCAGACAAUUGGCGCUUCCCAUUCUACACAUUAUUCAUUGACCGUUUCGUCAACGGCGACCCCGACAACGACAAUAUCAAUGGCACGGUUUUCGAACACGACAUCUUGAGCAACCAGCUCCGCCAUGGCGGUGACAUAGCUGGUCUUGUCGAUACUCUCGACUACAUCCAGGGGAUGGGCAUCAAGGGUCUCUACAUCGCCGGAUCCCCCUUUAUCAACGACCCUUGGAAGGCGGAUUCCUACUCUCCCCUCGAUCUCACCCUUCUCGACAAGCACUACGGUAACAUCACGGCAUGGCAAGAGGCCAUCGACGAGAUCCAUAGGAGGGGCAUGUAUGUGGUUCUGGACCAGACCAUGGCAACCAUGGGUGACUUGAUCGGUUUCGAAGGAUACCUCAACGAAUCGACACCGUUUCGGACCGACGAGCACAAGGUUCUAUGGAAGACUUCUCGACAAUACCUCGACUUCAACAUUGGCAACGAGUACAAUGAAAGCUGCGAGUACCCGGCUUUCUGGUUCGAAGACGGCAAACCCGUUGGCCCGGAUGUUGAGGCACAGCUAAAGGGCUGCUAUAACAGCGAUUUCGACCAGUACGGUGACAUUGAGGCUUUCGGUGUUUUCCCCGACUGGCAGCGUCAGUUGGCAAAGUUCGCUUCCGUGCAGGACCGUCUUCGUGAAUGGGUUCCCUCGGUCCGUCAACGUCUCGAACUGUACUCGUGCAUGACUAUUCAAAUGCUCGACAUCGAUGGAUACCGUAUCGACAAGGCCGUCCAGGUCACCGUUGACGCGCAGGCCGAGUGGAGUACCGCCAUGCGAAAGUGCGCAAAGGAUCUCGGCAAGGAAAACUUCAUGGUUGUCGGCGAAAUCACCAGUGGUAACACGCUGGGAUCCAUCUAUCUCGGACGUGGCCGAACCCCGGAAAUGGCCUCCGCCUUGGAACUCGCCGACGCCGUUGCCUUGGAUGCAACCAGCGCUUCCACGUCGGGCAGCUUCAUCCGCGAGCACGGUAAGAGCGCCCUUGAUGCCGGUGCCUUUCACUACUCCAUUUACCGUUUCAUGACCCGUUUCCUCGGCAUGAGCGGUAACCUCGAGGCUGGAUACGAUCUUCCGACGGACUGGGUUCAGACCUGGAACCAGAUGAUCCUGACCAACGACUUCUACAACGCGAACACGGGCGAGUUUGACCCUCGCCAUUUGUACGGCGUCACCAACCAGGACGUUUUCCGAUGGCCUGCCAUCGAGCUCGGAACGGAGCGUAUGCUUCUCGCCUAUUUCAUCACGACGAUGCUCCUUCCUGGCGCCCCUCUGGUUUACUAUGGCGAAGAGCAAAACUUUUACGUAUUGGACAACACCGCCGAGAACUACGUCUUUGGUCGUCAAGCUUUUUCCCCUGCCCAGGCAUGGAAGAUCCACGGGUGCUAUGCCGGCGACAAUUCGGUGUAUGUCGACUGGCCAAUCGCUAAGGGCAGGAAGGGUUGCGAGGACGAAACCGUGGCCUAUGACCACCGCGAUCCUUCGGCGUCUGUUCGCAACUGGAUGAAGCGUCUGUUCGCUUUCCGCGAAGAAUAUCCCGUCCUUGAGAGCGGCUGGCUUCUCGAGCAGCUGUCCAACAAGACGCAUGGCGUCCAGUACAACGGCAGUGGCGUCGCUACCGAGACGGGCAUCUGGAGUGUGGCGCGUGGCUACUUGAGCAACCAGAACAAGACGGAUGACCCGGUCUGGCUGGUGUACCACAACAGCCCGAACGAGACGACGUACGAAUUCGACUGCAGCAAAGAGGCUGAAGCCUUCAUCUCGCCUUUUGAUGGAAACACCAAGGUCAGGAACCUUUUCAGCACCGACGCCGCCAUCACUCUUGAGACCUCAACCAAGGACAACGGAUUCAAGGGUGCCGGCCACAAGGCCGGCUGCAUCAGCAGCAUUACCAUGUCGCCCUUUGAAUUCCGAGCCUACGUCCCUGACAAAGAAUGGUUGGAGAUUGCGCCUUCCAUCACCGGUUUCGAGCCUGGCCACGAUGCUCCCAUCGACUCGACCGACGCCAACGGCAGGAUCCCCAUCGCCUUCAAAUUUUCGACAGAGAUGGACUGCAAUACCGUGACGAGGUCUAUUUCAGCCUACGUCACCGUCGACGGAAACACCAAGAGUAACCUCACCUUCGACACUCCCGUCUGCGGUUCCAUGGACCCCAUUGAAAAGGAAUCGUGGACUGGUGCUAUCGCCUCUGUGUGGAAGUGGUCCGCCAACCUCCAGAAUGUGCCUGAUGGUAUUGUCAAGAUCACGGCCAACAACACGGCUGCGCCCAACGGAAACUCGACAAACGCCGUGGACCAUUUCCUCGUCCGCUUUGGCAAGCCAUACAACCCCGUUACCUUCCCCGCCACCGCCAACUACUCACGCUCGCUGAUGGAACAGAGCGGCAGCGAGUACUUCAUCAACCACGCCGCCCCUGGGGCCACCAAGUGGCGCUACAGCACCAACUGGGGCUCGAGCUGGAGCAACUGGAUGACGUACACCGGCGCCAGGCAGCGUAUGAUCCCUCAGGCUUGGGAGGGAACCGACCUCCAGAAAUGGGAGGGCCAGCAUCUCAUGGUUCAGUAUUUCAGCAAGCCCCUCGGUUCGUCUUCCUUCAUCCAGCACUCAGACAGCAGCGACAUCCCCUUCUCCCGCCGCUGGCCUCACAUCUUCCUCCACGGACCGUUUAACAAGUGGGGAUACGAUGCCGGUCUGCCCAAUCUGAUGACCCAGGUCGGGAACAACCAGUGGGAGUUGCACUUCAUGUAUGAAUGGCCUGCCCAGAUCCAACUCAACCUCUGGGGUAUUAACCCGGACAACCAACCGGAUGCUUCCUUCAUCUAUGGCGACCCCAACGGCGACGGUGUCCUUGACCGUCUUCCCCCGAGCAGUUUGUCUGACAACAUCGUCAAUCUGACGUCGCCGCCCCCGAUGCCCGCGCUUUCCUACAAGAUGGUCCUCAACGACGCCAACUGGAACUACGUCGCCGUUCCCCAGGGCAACAUGUGGAUUCAGAUCAUCUUCUUUUUCCUCCUCGGCCUCAUGCCCAUCAUCCUCGCAGGACUGGCCGGCUGGAUCUACAUGAAAGGAUUUUACCAGGUCAAGAUUAACAAGUCGGGAUUCUCCAAGAAGGGUUGGUUACCACUCAAGCUCGGGAAUGAGUCCAACAUUAACUUCGGCGAAAAAGGCAAAAGUCUCGAGAUGUCCCAAAUUCCUCCGUCCCCCCUCGUCACGCCGGCUGCCGCGGCAGCCACCGGUGGCGCCCCCCGAAGGAAGGUCCUCAUUGCCACCAUGGAGUACAACAUCGACGACUGGAAGAUCAGCAUCAAGAUCGGUGGUCUUGGUGUCAUGGCCAAGCUCAUGAGUCAGGCGCUCACGCACGUCGAUCUCAUCUGGGUCGUCCCCUGCGUCGGCGAUGUCGACUACCCCAUGGAGAACGAGGCCGAGCCGAUGUUUGUCGAGGUCAUGGGCGACUCCUUCGAGGUCAAGGUCUACUACCACGUCUACAAGAACAUUACGUACGUCCUGCUUGAUGCUCCCAUCUUCCGCCAACAAACCAAGGCCGACCCCUACAUCGCUCGUAUGGACGAUCUCGAGAGUGCCAUCCUGUACUGCGCCUGGAACAGCUGUAUCGCCGAGUCGAUCCGCCGCUUCAGCGCCGACAUCUACCACAUUAACGAUUACCACGGUGCUGCCGCCCCCCUUUACCUCUUGCCGCAAACCAUCCCCGUCUGCUUGUCUCUCCACAACGCCGAGUUCCAGGGUAUGUGGCCCAUGAGGACCGAGGAAGAACAGAAGGAGGUCUACAGCGUCUUCAACCUUCCGGCCAAGGUCGUCAAGGACUACGUCCAGUACGGUUCGGCCUUCAACCUUUUGCACGCCGCCGCCAGCUACCUCCGUAUCCACCAGCGCGGUUUCGGUGCUGUCGGUGUGUCCAAGAAGUACGGUGACCGUUCCCUGGCUCGUUACCCCAUUUUCUGGAGUUUGAAAAACAUUGGUCAGCUGCCUAACCCCGAUCCCUCCGACACUGGCGAAUGGAACCCCGAGGAGGACAUCGCCAACCACCAGGACGAUAUCAAGAUCGACGAGACCUUUGAGGCCAACCGAGCCACUCUCCGAAGACAGGCCCAGGAGUGGGCUGGUCUCGAGGUCAACCCCAACGCCGACCUGUUCGUCUUCGUCGGCAGAUGGAGUUUGCAAAAGGGUGUCGACCUGAUUGCCGAUCUGUUCCCCAGCGUCCUUGAGAAGUACCCCUCCGUCCAGCUCAUCUGUGUCGGUCCCGUCAUCGAUUUGUACGGCAAGUUUGCGGCCCUGAAGCUCAACAAGCUCAUGGAGAAGUACCCCGGCCGUGUCUUCAGCAAGCCCGAGUUCACCCAACUGCCCCCCUACAUCUUUAGCGGUGCUGAAUUUGCCCUCAUUCCUUCUCGUGACGAACCGUUCGGUCUGGUCGCCGUCGAGUUCGGUCGUAAGGGUGCCCUGGGUGUUGGUGCCCGUGUCGGUGGUCUCGGUCAGAUGCCCGGUUUCUGGUACACGGUCGAGUCGAUGAGCCCCGCCCAUUUGCUCCAGCAGUUCAAGCAGGCCAUUGCGUCUGCCCUCAGCUGCAAGCCUAGAAAACGAGCCCUCAUGCGCGCCUGGAGCGCCAAGCAGCGUUUCCCCGUCGCGCAGUGGAUCAGGCAACUCGACACGCUCUAUAACGACUCGAUCAAAAUCCACAACAAGGAGGCUGCCAAGCAGAAGAAGGCCGGCGGCAUCCGCAACCUGACGGACUCGUCUCUGAGAUCAAGCGUCGCCGUCAGCGAGUUUGGUGCGGAACUUACGCCCACCGGCUCAAGGGCGCCGUCACCGCUCCCGCCUCCGAGCCGCAUCGCCAGCCCCGCGGGCCGCAUCAACUCACCCGACCUCGGCACGCCCAACAUGCCGUGGUCUACCAUCCCUUCUUCGCGCCGCAGCUCCUUCUCGAGCUCCAUCGGUGGCCGUGACAGCAUGCUUGCACCUCGCGAUUUCUCCAACGGUCGUGAGAGCAUGGUGAGCGUGGACAGCUUCGCCAUCCGCGCCCAGAACGACAUUUCGUCGCCCCAGACGCCCGGUUUCGACGGUCUCGGCCUGCCUCAACCGAGCUUCUACAAGCAGCAGCGCAACAGCUCUCAGCUGUCUCUGCCCGAUGUCGUCGGUGACCGCCACGACCUCAAGCUGCAAAACGUUGACCAGAACUUCACUGAUAAGAACGGCGAGUUCUACGCCGAGUUCGAAGAGAUGCUCAACGGCUUGACGGCCAAGAACUCGGGCAACGAUCUCUGCAUUGAGAACUUCCUCAAGAAGAGCGAGAAGAAGUGGUUUGCGAGGUAUCGUGACGCCAAGUUGGGUCGCCGAGACCACAGUCGGUCAAGAAGUCCCGCGCCUAGCCGUCCGGGCUCGAGCAAGGGUCUCGGUGCCAAGUUCGACGGAGAGCGUGGUCGUAGCCGUACGCCGAGCGGUCUCACCGGGGCUUCUCGUUACGACGACAGCCCCGUUGAUGACGAGUUCCUUUUGGGUGACAACUACAACGCGCCCACGGGUCUCAAGAAGAUUCUGUCGAUUCGUAUCGGCGACUGGCCCGUUUACGCCUUCUUCCUCGCCUUCAGUCAAGUUAUCUCCAUCAACUCGUACCAAAUCGUCCUCCUCACGGGCGAGACCAACCAGACGCCCCUCAAGCUUUACAUCGUCGCGUCGACGUACCUCGUCACAUCGGCCCUCUGGUGGAUCAUGGUCCGCUUUACCAAGUCGGUCUACGCCCUGUCGCUUCCAUGGGUCUUCUUCGGCCUGGCCUUCCUCCUUCUGGGUCUUUCGCCUUACCUCACCCCCUGGCAGAGCCGUGCUGCCAUGCAGGACGCCGCCACCGCCAUUUACGCGGCCGGCGCCAGUGCCGGUGCUCUGUCUUUCGCGCUCAACUUCGGAGACGAGGGCGGUGCCCCGACGAAGCAAUGGAUCACCCGCGCUCUCGCCGUUGCCGGUGUCGCCCAGGUGUACUCCCUGAUGCUUUGGUUCUGGGGGUCUCUCACGCACACCCCAGAGACGUCGCCGAUGGCCUUCUUCGACGGCACUACUAUCCCCAAGGCUUUGGUCGUCUGCGUUCCCGUCGCCAUCUUGCUCUGGGCCAUCGGUCUCAUCCUCUUCUUCGGCCUUCCCGACUACUACCGCCAGGCACCGGACAACAUCCCGGGCUUCUACAUCUCCCUCGUCCGCCGCAAGCUCGUCCCCGUCUUCUUUAUCAUGAUCAUCAUCCAGAACUACUGGCUGUCGGCCCCUUACGGUCGCAACUGGCAGUUCCUCUUCGCGUCGCAGUUCAUCCCCGGGUGGGGCGUCGUCCUACUCGCCCUCGGCUUCUUCGUCGUCCUCUGGGCCAUCAUCCUCUACGUUUUCUCCUUCUUCUCCGAGAGCCACACCUGGCUCCUGCCAAUCUUCGCCAUCGGCCUGUGUGCUCCCCGCUGGGCGCAGAUGCUCUGGGGCACGAGCAGCAUGGGCAUGUAUCUCCCCUGGGCCGGCGGACCCGUCGGCUCGGCCAUCCUGUCUCGCUGCCUCUGGCUGUGGCUCGGCCUCCUGGACAACAUCCAGGGUGUCGGCCUGGGUAUGAUGCUGCUGGCGACGCUGACGCGCCAGCACGUGUUGGCCGUCCUCAUCGGGGCGCAGAUCGUGGGCAGUGCCUUUACGAUGCUUGCCCGCGCGACGAGCCCCAACGCUCUGUCGGCCAACACGACGUUCCCCGAUUUCUCGCAGGGCCUGAUGCCGGGCGUAUCAAGUUACUGGUUCUGGAUCUGUCUGGCGUUCCAACUGGUGAUCCCCAUCCUGUUCUUCAAGUUCUUCCGAAAGGAACAGGUGUCCAAGCCGUAG